CCCUCCCAAAGUCACAUGAUAAUGAUUCAAGAGCUUGGCAGUCAAUGCACAUUUGCAAUUAUUGGAGCAUCCUGCAAUCUCAACUGCCUUUUGUGCCCUUUGCAGCUUGUGUCUGACAAGCAAAGUCAAUGGGAAAGCCGGCAGGAAGUUGCAAGUUGCUUGACUUCCUCACUUGAUAACCACAGCUGAAAGUGAUAUAGGUAGGGCAUGACCAUGUGAUGUCACAAUUAUUUUGCUGCUUAGCAACAAACUUGCCAAUCCCUCAUUGCUACUGGUGAGGAUUGCCUGUAUGAUUCUGAUAUGCCCGUGAUGGCAAACCUAUGGCACGCGUGCCAGAAGUGGCAGCCCUCUCUGCUGGCACGUACGCCAUCGCCCCAGUGGACUACAAAAAUCCACAGUGGAUCUGACUGCCUUAAGCAGAACAAAAGCAGCAGGUAACUUCCUUGAGCCACUCCUCCUGAGUUUGUAUCUCAGUAGGAAUGAAGUAUUUUUGCUUACCUGAUCUGACUGGCUAUCACUAAGAAUCUUUCUCACAAAAGAUGCUACUUGUUAAUCUGAGUGGAGGGGUGGGGGAGGCAGCAUUGGAACAAUUUUAUGCUUUGUCUCAGGCAGCAAAGUGCUUUGAAAAACUUAGCAACUUGCCUACUUAGUCCAGCUGAAUCCAAAGGACAAGUACAGAACUCUUAACAGGUGCUUUUUGGUUACAACAGCCAUGCAUCGCAGUGGUGGUAUUCACUUACCUUCGCUACUGGUUUGCAAAUGUGAGCAUGUGCGCACGCUUCGCUUACAUGCUCCACAUCUGCAUAUGCGCAAGACCUGCGCAUGCACAGAGCAUCAAAAAGACAUGAUGUCUGGGCGGGUGGGCGGAGCCUCCUGCCAUCGCCACUACCAAACUGCAUAGAACCAGCUGAAUACCACCACUGAUGAUUUAUGCCAGUCAGUCAGUCAGUCAAUCACACCUUAUUGUGACUCGCUGAUCUAGAAAUACAGAUCUAGAAGAAAAGUUACAAUACUACAAAGUGCAAUGUAGCCCGCAUAAUAAAAAGACUGCUUAGUCAUAUGUAGCCUAUUGCACUUGUCUGUGAACAAUGUGUGAAUUCUUCAGGCUUACAAAUGUGAACAACAGUUUAGCUUGGGAUCUUCCUCUUUAUCUGGCAGAAGAAGUUGCAUGUAGAAUUCUUCUGUUUGACGUGGAAAUGUGCUUAGAGGAGGUAUUUGUAUUAUGGGUUCUCUGGAUUCUCUGGGGAUGGGAUUCUCUGGAAAAAUUGCAGUACAGUAGGAUACUAUCCCGUGAUUCAGGACUCCCAUCUCUGUAGGGACAAACUCUUUUAGAAUAGGUGCUUUUCCCUCUGACAUUGCUGAUAGUAAGAUAUUCAACUGCAGUGGUAGAAAGACUCCCUCGCUCCCCAAGUUUGGUAUUUAUAAUUUGAGCCAAUUGAAAUGCUGAUUUAAAAUUAAAUUUGUUAUGCCCCAAUUGUGCUCUUAAUGACAUCUUUGGCCUUUAGCCAAUAUCCAAGCCUGCAUUGCCAUCCCUUUGUUCUAAACUCUGCCUCUGAAUGUACAGCAGUCUUAGGAGCCCUGCUUGAAUUUCUUAGGAAGCCAGCUUGAACAUUCUCCAGUUUCCGCAUAGUUGAGACCUGGAUUUAACUACUAUACAGAGAUGCUGUGAAAAGGUCUUGGCUUCAAAGCAGCUGGAAUAUUUGGGGUUCUUCUAGAGCAAAAGAAAGAGUGGACUGCUACUGAGCUCCUCUGAGCAUUCAAAGCAACCCGAGAAAUAUUUAAUAGCAAAAGGAGUCAUUGCAACUAAUCAACCACAAAUUUCAUAAUGUCUGCUGUUCUGAAGCGGUUGUGUUACAUUGGAUUCCAUGUUCUUCAGGGCCAACAGUUGGCCAGUCACCUGAUGCAAAGGUUUGGCUUUGAGCUGUUUGCUAUACGGGAAACAGAGAGGAAGAGGCAGCAGGCUUUCCGAAGAGGAGAUGCUAUUUUUGUUGUCAAUGAAGAGCGGGAGCUGACUGAGAAAAAGUUUUCAUCUUCAGAUUUACCUUCAGACUGCUAUAAGCAUAAAAGGAUCCUGUAUGAUGUGAACUUGCAGUACAGAGUCAGUACAGCUUCCAAUAUUUGCUUUGAGGUAGAGGAUGUCCCUGGAAUCUCCCGUAAUCUACAAGAGAAAGGCUGCAAGAUCCUUAUUCCUCCCACCACGGAAGCAGAUGAAAAUGGCUUUGUUACUUACUCUGUAGUGAUGUCCAUUGUGGGCAAUGUCAGCCAUACUCUUCUUGACCGAUCCCAGUAUGGUGGGCCAUUCCUGCCUGGUUUCUGUGAAGUUGAAGUUUCCCCCAAGAAAUUCCAGAAGGAGAAGGAAACCGUACAUUUUGACCACAUCACCUAUGCCUGUCUGCAAGGUAGCUCACAAGCUGUGCUGGACUGGUACAAAAACUGUUUUGGUUUCCAGCGCUUCUUCAUCCACCAUCAAGAUGAUGCUGCAGAAGGCUUUCGAAUUCAGGGGGAAGACAUGGGCCUUCGUCUUACUGCCAUGCAAUACAGUGAUGAUCGAUUGUCACCCUUUGAGCCCGACUGUAAAUUUGUUCUGGCUGAGUCACUGCCAAGGCAAAGGAUGGGCCAGGUGGACACUUUCUUACAGCAACAUGAAGGAGCUGGCAUCCAGCAUGUGGCCCUUUAUACUACAGACAUUGUAAGUACUGCUGCAGCCAUGGCAAAGUCAGGAGUAAGCUUUUUCAAGCCAUCCGCAUCAUAUUACAAUGAGAAAAGCAAAGAGAAGGAGAUGCAGCAAAUUGGGCAAGAUCUUCAGCUCCUGAAAGACUACGGCAUCCUUUUUGAUGCAACAAUAGCUGACAAAGGACAGGACAGUAGCCCUAGCCUGCUUGAGAAGCAAUACCUGAUGCAGAUCUUCACUAAACCUCUUUUUACAGAAGAGACCUUCUUCAUAGAACUCAUUGAGCGCCAUGGGGCUGCAGGUUUCGGUGAGGGAAAUGUCCGUGCUCUUUGGAAAUCUGUUCAGGAUUAUAUGGAUCAGCAGCAAAGACCCACUCUACUUGAGAACAAAGCCUGACAGAAUGUUCUUUUUGUUUGCUCAGAGGCGCCUUGAACUGCAAGAUGGGCAGCAAAUAAAUUUAAUAAAUUAUAGCUAAAUAA